GGAACCUGUUACCUACCCCAUCUUUCUCUCAACUACCACAACACUUCACUUUACAUUCUGAAAUUUCUUUUCUUCUCCAAACUGCAUUUUACUUUACUUUUCUUUCAGAGAUGGAGGCUAAGCUGUUGACUGCUGCCUCUUCCACCUGCAUUUCUAAUCCCUCGCCCCGUUUCGCACACAAAUCUUGGGAAAGGAAUUGCACCCUCCCAUUUCAGAGCUCCACCAAUUUCAGGAUUCGCGCUCGAGCUUCAGCAGCACCUACUCUUGGAUUCGAACCAAAACAAAGGAUAGAUGAGAGUGAGUGCUAUACCCUUGAUGGCAUCAGAAACUCAUUGAUACGCCAAGAGGAUAGCAUUAUAUUUGGUCUUGUGGAGAGAGCUCAAUUUUGUUUCAAUGGAGAAACAUACGAUCCUAAUGCUUUUUCCGUGGAAGGAUUCAGCGGCUCUUUGAUCGAGUACAUGCUUAAAAAAACCGAAAAGCUUCACGCAACAGUUGGAAGAUACAAGAGUCCAGAUGAGCAUCCUUUCUUCCCUGAUAUCUUACCAGGGCCAGUGUUGCCUCCACUUAAGUAUCCACAGGUUCUCAAUCCUGCAGCAGACACUAUCAAUAUUAAUGGUCAAAUUUGGGACAUGUAUUUCAAGAAUCUCCUCCCUAGAUUAGUUAAAGAAGGUGAUGAUGGUAAUUGCGGAUCCUCUGCUACAUGCGACACAAUAUGUUUGCAGGCUCUGUCAAAGAGAAUCCACUAUGGUAAAUUUGUAGCUGAAGCGAAAUUUCAAGAAUCCCCUGAUACCUACAGUGCUGCCAUUAAAGCAAAAGACAGAGAUGGACUAAUGGAUUUGCUGACAUACCCAGAAGUGGAAGAGGUUAUUAGGAGAAGAGUUGAGAUGAAAACCCGAACAUACGGGCAAGAAGUGACUCUCUCUGGUGGUGAAGAGGCAGUCUACAAAAUAAACCCAAGCAUAGUUGCUGAUCUUUACUGGGAUUGGAUCAUGCCAUUGACAAAGCAAGUUCAGGUUGAGUAUCUUUUGAGAAGACUCGAUUAAAUUGAAACGAGGAGGUUGAAGAAGGGGAUCUGAAUCUGUUCAUAGCAUACUAUUAGUUCAUUUAUGUUUACAUUUGUUGAAUCAGUGGAGAACUUUUGUUGUGAUUGCUUCUAUGUAUUUGUAAAAUUUCAAGUAUGUUGUAAUUCCGAUAUUGAUCCUGUUGAUAUUUUUAGCACUAAUUUGUCUUA